GCCGGUAAUCGGCAUUCCACGGAGGGGACAUGUACACUGAUCAUCAGGGCACUGAUGAUCAGUGUGUCUUGAUGAUCAGUGUAGCCCCAGCAGUGUCCAUCAGUCAGAGCCGGGGACAUGUACACUGAUCAUCAGGGCACUGAUGAUCAGUGUGUCUUGAUGAUCAGUGUAGCCCUGUCAGUGUCCAUCAGUGCCUUGUGCCAGUGCCCAUCAGUGCCACAUCAAUGCCACAUAUCAGUGCCUACCAGUGCACAUCAAUGGCACAUAUCAGUGCCCAUCUGAGCUGCCUUUCAGUGUCACCCAUCAGUGCCAAUCAGUGUUGCCAAUCAGUGCCAGUCAGUGCCACCUAUCAGUGUGCAUCAGUGCCGCCUAUCAGUGCC